GACGACUGGUUCACGAGCUUUUUUCUCAUGCACAAUUUCAAGAGAGGUUGUCAUCGCAUUCUGCCUCCCGUCCCGGGAAAGCUCCUAUUUGCCGGUCAUAGACAUCCAAAAAGACACCCACACCUGGUGACAGAUAUCGGAUGGCUGAGCUGUCGUUGUGUUGCUUGAUAUCCUAGCCAUCUUUCAUCCCAUGAGGCAUUCCGAGGCCAGUCUUAUGUUCGCCAUGUCUGAUACGGAUAUUGGAUGACAUUCAGUGACAGCAGACCAUGGGCCGGAUGACAGGCGUCGUCGGCGAGCUGAAGAAGCGGCCCAGGCACAGUGACCUUGACGCAUGGCUGCAAAUGGCGCCGCCGCCAGUGACGUUCCGCACCCUGCCAAUCCGGUGAGCCUCGACAGGGGACCGUUCGAUCCCUGGCACCAUGCUCUGCACCUUUCACUCGGAGUCUUCCAGUGAUAGCAGGACGCUUCCGGAGGUGGUUCGACGACACUGAUGAAAACGUUCGAUGGACCAUCCUGCCAAUGCAGACUGGUAUAUUCGUUGUUCCUGUUCCCACCACCGGGCCCUCUUUAGGCCCUAUUGCCGGAGGGAUCGGACAGGGAGAGCCUCAGGAUUUUCACUACAGACGGGACGUAGAAUGAUCCCGUGUAUCCAAAGAAUUGGGCAAUCCCAAACAAGACAUUUCCCCUGGCCCUAUUACUUCUUUCGACCAGUCUCGGAUGUUUCUCCUUGCGUGCCCCUCGACCAGUGCCCCCUGGGAUGAUAGCUCCACAGGGGAGAGACAGUGCUCGAAGGUUGAGAGGGGGAGCCCUGUCGUCUGUAACAGUGGGCUUCAGAAACCUCCUCCACAAGCCAGGCCUCAUUCACGUUUUGUAAAGCCAGCCCAGACCUGGCAAGCCAAGUUUCUCGGGGGGCCUGCAUGAUCAGCUCCCCCAGUUUGGCCGUCUCCAAACAAGCCCACGGAUUGAUUCCUCGCUUCUGGCGGACGGUGUCCGAAAAAGAGGCCCUUCCCGCCCUCUACCUGCUCGCCGGUGCUGGCUGCUGUCCAAUUCAGGCCGAAUAUCGAUCGCUCUUUUCCCGGUCAUUCCCACCUUGCUCCUAUUCUUUUCCUCAACCUUUGCAUCUUUCUGGCUCUUGGUAUGCCAGUUUGAACUAUCUAACGUAAUUAAUACUUUUCCUUAUAAUCACCGUCAGCAUCCUAAUCCUCGCUCGCCGCCGGCCUACCACUCGCUUCUCUCGACCCGAGAGUCUGGAUUCGACACCUAUACGCUGUGGCAGUUGUCGUUGGUAGCACAUGGCCUGCUGCAUCCACUAUAACUAUAUCGACACGAUCGUCAGGAACAGAGCUAGCUCAGCAGGGAAGAGAACCCCAUUCGCACAACCGACAUACCGAGGGCUGCACGCGCCGCAGUCUAGAUUGACGGCUCCACGAUCAUAGAUUACAAGGAACACUCUCCGACGAACACACACCGCAGUAGGGCGGAGGAACACGAAGACGAGAGACAGAGAAAGUGGGACGACAGCAACACCAAUAAGCUGCAGGACAGUCUCAGCGGAGGAGUCCACCUACUCUUUUUUUGUCGCCCGUGGCAUCUUGGGUCGUCUUGUGAGGAGAAAAAGCAGAACAACAGACUUAUCACACGCCAAGUGGCCGCUAGCUGUCAACAACUCUUCUGCUAUCGGGUCACAGGCUGUGAUCGGGGUCAUAAUUAUACCGGGACGGUAGAAAUAUUAAAGACUGGAUUCAUCAACGAACUCGGGCUUUUGGAAUUACAACAACAAAAAGACGGAAGACCAGACGCUGGUUGGGCUUGACUCGAGCAGCCAACCCCCUGGUUGCCGCCAGCCCGAGCUAGUGCAUCCGACCCCUGUCCCUCUCCAUCUCUUUGCCUGCCCAAAUCCUACGCUUUAAUAGCCACACAACCCCUCAACGCCCGUCGACCGCCCGACGCACAACCGCCCAGGUUUCAGCAACAUUCGCAUACCGAAAAACUAUUUCCGAGCGACGGCUUCUCUCGAGUGUCGCAAGGUCAAACCGGCUUUGAUAGCCCUUUCUUUGCAGCUUUCAUACCAGAGCAGCCAUGUCUUUAAAACAGGAAAUAGAAACUUGGGUCGAGGCCCUCAAGUACUACGACAACAAUGAGUUCGACGAAGCCCUUCAGGCCUUUGAGAGGAUCUCGGAUACCUCCAAGAUUCUGUUCAACAUGGGCGUGAUCAAUGCCACACUCGGCCAGCACGAGCAAGCUGUCGAAUGCUACCAACGCGCUGUCAAACUCGACCAGUACCUCGCCGUCGCUUACUUUCAACAAGGUGUUUCCAACUUUUUGCUGGGUGAUUUCGAGGAGGCCUUGGCGAACUUCAACGACACACUUCUUUACCUCCGCGGCAACACGCUGAUCGACUAUGGGCAGCUCGGGUUGAUCUUCAAGCUCUACUCUUGCGAGGUCUUGUUCAACCGUGGUCUCUGCUACAUAUACCUGGAGCAAAUGGAAGCUGGUAUGCAAGAUUUGCAGUACGCCGUCAAGGAGAAGGUGGUGGAGGACCACAAUGUAAUCAACGAUGCCAUCAGGGAUGAGGCGAAGGGCUAUACAGUGUUCUCGAUUCCUGUUGGUGUUGUCUACAGGCCCAAUGAGGCCAAGGUGCGAAAUUUGCAGCAAAAAGACUACCUCGGGAAGGCCAGAUUAGUUGCUGCCUCGGACAGAGCCAAUGCCUUUACCGGAUUUGCCGGUGCUGAAAUGAAGCAAUCUACCGGCCCAAUCGAGGUCAAGGACGACAGGCCACAAGAAGCCCUCUCCUUCGCCGCCAGCAACCUCGUCAAACCAGGCCUCCAGUCCAGAAGACAGCAAUCCGAACCACCAAACAGCCGCAACGUCUUCCCUCCAACCCCACCACCCGAGAACGACAAGCCAGCGCAACCAAGCCGCGCCGCCUCGGUCCGCAACGGACCCAAGCCCGUCCCCAGCCGCCUCAACCUCGAAAAGUCCCGCCCAAGCGACCGCUACGAAAAGGCCUCCCCAGACGAGGGACCACGCGAACAGCAGCGCCGGCCAAGCCGCUCCGCCUCGGCCGCUGCCCCCCCAUCCCGCGGCUACUCCCAGCGCGAUCCCCCCUCCUCCAGGAGAAGAAGAGAAGAAGAAGAGGACACGUACAACGACGACCUCUACGACAUGUACCAAGGCGGCGGCGGCUCCAGAAACAGCCGCUCCCAACGGAGCAACCGCGGCGGCAACCAGCCACGAGACCGCUACAUCGAGGAAGAAGACGAAGAAGGCAGCGACUACGACGACGGCUCCUUUGACGAGGGCGACUUUGAGAUGAUGGCGCCCAGGAGGCCAGGUCCCGGUUCUGUCUCUGGGGGAUCCAAGCGGGGGUCCUCGAGGAGGGACGCGCUGAGAACGAUCAGGGUCAAGGUGCACGCCAACGACGUGCGGUACAUCAUGGUCGGGCCGGCGGUCGAGUUCCCCGACUUUGCGGCCAAGAUCAGGGAGAAGUUCAACAUCCCGCCCAGGGGUCAGUUCUUGAUCAAGUUCAAGGACGAGGACUCGCCCGAGCUGAUCACGAUGGUGGACCAGGAUGAUCUGGAGAUGGUGAUGAGCGGUGUGAGGCAGAAUGCCAGGAAGGCGAGGUCGGAGACGGGGAAGAUGGAGGUCUGGGUUGAACUGCAAUAAUACAUACAACUCUUGUUCGCGACACGCAAAAAUCUUUUUUUGUUUUGUUUGUUUCUUGGAUAUUCGAAAUUAUUCGUAUUUUAUAUACCCCGGCAACUGAGCCCCCCCUUUACACCCACCCAGCUCCUCUAAACAUACGAAGUAAUGAGUGGAACGUUGAUGGCACAAAAAUUCUACACUACAAAAAGCAAAAUAUCUUGUCUUUCUGCUUUGCUGCUCUUCCUUCGCUUACAACAACACGUAUAUGAACAUAUUCUCAUCAGCAUAUUCCCACCACAUUUUCCUUUUUCUUGUUGCAUAAGACUUUUUCUUUUCAUUUUGUUUACUUUCAGGGGAAUUGGAUUUUACUUUUUUAAAAAGCCAACACGGAGAAGGAGGCGUUCUUUUUUGGGAUGUUAACUUUUGAAGGGAAUGAAUGGGGGGGGGGUGAAAAGAGGAGGUUGUUGAUUGUUGAUAUCCCACCUUUGGCUAGGAGGAAGCGGAAGAGGAGGGGGGUUUUGGUAGAGAACUUGAUUAUUUCUUUGAAAUCGUAUUCCCUUUAUUUUGUUAUCUGUUACUCAACUGUCUUGCUUCUUUCAUUUUACUUUUGUUGUGAUGAAUUUUCCCUGUCUUUGUCAACAAGGCGUUUUAUCUUGUGGUGAUGAAACUUCCAUAUUAUUAUAAGGGAAGAGUAGGAGGGCGAGGGGGGAAAGGGGGGUAGGGUGGAUCGAAGUGUGCAACGUUUAGAUACAAGAAGGGCGAGUUGUUGAUACCAAAGGUUUGGGGGUGGGUGAUGAGAGACGGCACGCAUAGCUUAGCUUUAUACACCUGGAUGGUGAUGUGAAUUGAGUUUUUUCGUCAGCGCUUUUCAACAAUGCCUCCCCCAACCUGUUGUGCCCUUCCUUCUCCCUUGAACACUUAACAUCUUGAGCGUUGCCCUCAAGACAUCACUCCAGUCACUAUUAGUAAAAAAGACCCAUAAUUACUCGCAUUCAAAUGCUUGAUAUUGAUAUAUACACCACACUUAAGGGUUUAUUCCAUCGUACAAACUAUAGUUUUUGUGUGUUUGUUGGUCUUUGUGUUUGGUGGCCCCCCUGAUUUACUUCCCUCUCGCAAUCUCCUUUUCUGGCCUUUGCCUGGCUUGUGCCUUGUCCCAAACCCCCAAAGGUGCGUCCCAUUCAGACAGAUUCGUCGAACCUGAACUGGGUCGUCAACGGAUCGACAUGGGAAUAUAUCUCAGUGCUGGGUGCCUUGGUCCUGCUUGUGUCGGUUGUCUUCGCAGUUGACGUGUCGCCCUACCCAUAUACUCCAAGAUGACCUCUCGCCCUGGCAUCACCCAACUGUAAUAAUGAUGAGCCAAAUAAGUCCUCCCCUUCCACCCCCACCCCACCCCACCCCACAGGAGAGUAAUGAGUAACAAUACCAAGUACUCCGUUGUUUAGAAUAAUAAAAAAACACACAGUCUGCAUGGCAACCACCAGCCAAGCAGACCAAGAAAACAGAAAAAAGCAAAUCGCGCACAAAUACCGAAGACGGCAUGCAAGGUAUGGAAGCCGUAGAGAUAUAAACCCCCAGACCCAACCACAGGGUCGUCACAACGCCGCAAAGAAACAUGUCAAAACCAACCCAUGCCUUGCCCUUCCCCUGAAGCCCAACCACGACGCCUCAUCACACCCUGUUCCCCGGGAUAUAGUUAAAAACGCAGAAAAGAGAAGACCAGGAAAUGCACACCUGAAACCACAGAAUGUAUUUACACAUUUUACUCAUGCUUGCCCGGGCGAGAGAAGCCACAGUAAGCAGGUUGAACCCCAAGAGCCACAGAACAAAAGGAAAAUAAGCAGAAACUUCUGCUACACACUAAUAUAACUGAAAUAAGUCGGCCAUGUGACGGACAAGAUGCCACAGCGCCUUUUCUCAUCCUCUUUUACUCCGACGGUGAGUGAGUACAGGCGCUUCUACACCCGACUCCUUGCGUGCCAGCGUCGAUAUGAUACAGAUGUUGGUGCGACCUCCGUUCAGACCGUUUGGUUGUGGCUCGUCCUAGCAAACGGCAAAUACAACCUAGAUCAGGUCAGGAGUACAUGGCGACAGUCCUGAUGUGGGAUUUGUCGCGUGGUUCCGAAGAACAUGUGUUGGUAUGAUAACCGACUCGCAGAUGGCUGCUUCCAACAUCUUCUAAUGGUCUGUAGGCGUAGCAGAACGAUCGCACACUUGACUUGGCUCUGUUCCAUCCUAGGUGUUGACCAUGAGCGAGAGGCGUGAUGGAUCUUCUUCCAUCAUUUCGAUCUGAGUCAAGCGGCUUUCCAGUGCCCCCAUCCUACUAUCCACAAGCGGCUGCAUACCUCCGUUCGUCAUCGGGGCAUUGCCCAUAUUGCCGCCGCCCAUAUUAGCAGUUGGCAUGCUUGGUGUUCCCAUGGACGGUACACCACCAUUUCCGAGCAUUGCUGGUCGACCUGUCUCAAGAGCUUCUAAUCGCUUCUCCAUGUUGUCCAAGCGCUGCACAACGACCUGUUCCAAUCGACUGAAACCCUGGCUCAUCUCAUGGGAGAUGCGGUCGAUUUUAUGAUUGAGGCUGCGGAUACUUUGCGCGACAGGUGUGUUUUCUUGUCCCGGUUGAGCCGCAGCAACACGCGCCUCAUGGUUAUGCCGGACCUCCUGGACAACGAACCUCCACUGAUUGCCCAAGUUGACCUCGCACACGGCCUUGGCCCGCCAUGGGCAAUCAACCUUGCGCGUGCUUGGGUUGCGCUUCUUGGCCGUGCUGUUGUACUUGACUCCGCCGCGAUCGCAUACAAGGUCGUAGCGCGUCGGCUUACCAUCGCGGUAGUUGCUGGCGCGUAGCUUCACAAUGGAAUAACCUUGCUCCUUCGCAUGGCGCUGUACUGCGGCAAGCAGCUCGUCGAAAGUCUGAUAUAUGCUUUCUGGAGGCGGGCCCAGGCCACCUCCGCCAGGAAUGCCUGGUACUGGCGACUGCGGUGGCAUCGAGGAGGCCGAGCCAAGCUGAGGCGCGGGUUGCGACGAGCCGGUGGGAGUGGGCGUGCCGUGCCAGACCGGCAGAUUCGAGUAGGAAGGACCGGCGGAGGUUGGGUUCGCCACGUUUGCGGGAGGGGAAUCACCAGCGGUGUGCUUAACACCGCCGUAUUGCUGCUGGAAGAGAGCGCGGCUGUCAGGCUUGGCUGCUGAUGGGUUCACGCUGAUACUAGGGCGCUGCUGCUGCUGCUGCUGCUGCUGUUGGUGUUGGUGCUGGGUCGGCUGUUGUUGUUGGGGUUGGGAUUGCUGUUGCGACUGCUGCUGCUGCUGCUGCUGCUGUUGCGCCUGCUGGGAAGGGUGAUGGUGGUGGGCGUGCUGCUGGUGAGGGUGCUGUUGUUGGUGCUGGCCGUGAUGCUGGUGCUGCUCGCCGGCUAGGUUGCUCAGACUGCUCAGACCAGACGUGUCGGGAUGCGGGGCGGAGGCGAGGGUGGGUUGGGGAUCGGGGUACUGGGAAUGGG